AAUAAUGUAAACUUUUAUUCAUUCGAUGUCAAACAAAUUGAAGCAAAAAAUAUAUUUUCUAACUUGUUUUAUUUGUUAAAAAUGUCCGAUUACGAUAAAGUUCGUGUUAGUAAAUUGGUUCUGAAAGGGGAAUCAUCAAAAGCUAAGAAGCGCAAACAUAAACACAAGGAUAAAAAAGAAAAAAGUGACAAAAAACGGGCUAUUAUCGAUGAAGAUUCCGUAAAACAUGGUGGAUGGUGGAAAGCAAGUAAAUUUGAAGAUAUCAUUGGUUCAGUGGCAAUUGAGUUUGGUGGCAAGCAAACAUAUAUAAAGAGUUUAGACAAUGGUCUCUUUACAAUUGGUGCUCCUCAUGACGAAGGGGACGGGCCUUCACCCGAAGAAAUAUUCACUGCACUGGCUAUAAAUGACAGACACAUCGCACUGAAAUCAGGAUAUGGGAGGUAUUUAAAAGUGGAAAAAGAUGGUAUAAUUACCGGACGUUCCGAAGCUGUUGGAGCACUAGAACAGUUUGAACCCGUUUUUCAGGAUGGAUUGAUGGCUUUACAAGCAUCAAAUGGCUGCUUUGUAUCUAUUGACACAGAAGAUGAUGCAGUUGUUGCACUUCGUAAGUCAGUUGGAGAAGCUGAAAUUUGUUCAAUUCGUGCAUGUGCGAUGAGAGAAACUAACCCAGUCGAUGACACACCGAUUGAGGAACAAGGUUCAUUAACCGAAGUUGAAGUUAAUUACGUUAAAAAAUUCCAAAAAUUCCAAGAUCACAAGCUUAGAUUGAAUAAAGAGGAUUCAUCAUCACUUAAGAAGGCAAAACAGGAUGGAAACUUGCACGAAACACUCUUGGAUCGACGUGCGAAAAUGAAAGCUGAUCGUUAUUGCAAAUGAAUUUAUAAUAAUAAUGGAACUAAAAAAAUGUUUUGAAAGUAUAUAA